AUGGCAGAAGUCCUCCCUAAGAUUCGCUUGACCGACCCCCACAAUAAGGAUUCCGUGCCGACAUCUGCCUCGCCUGCACAGUCACCAGCAAAGGACAACAGCAGUCGCAAUGGGAAGGCAAUUAGACCGCUCUCGCGGGCUGGAGACGGCAGACCGAUGUCGAGCGGUCGAACGUCGCCAGCAAACUCACAACCACCAUCCAACCCUCCGUCUACGCGCGGGACAAGUCAAGCCGCACCCAACAGCCCUCCAGCAGACAUGAACGGAUCCGAGGCCGCGAUAGACCCUUUAUCUGAGCAAAUCUUCAAGCGCACACAUACGCAGCCCAUAAUCCCUCAAAGAACUCGACCACAGCAACCCGAAGCUGCCACAGGCCAUGUGCCCGGCCAGACAGCCGAUUCCUCGACAGACCCGAGGAAUCCGAAUGACACCGGGCGCGGUGGGGACGGCGGAAGCGCCAUACCCAAGGACAAGAAGAAGGGUGUGUCGUUCCUGAGCCGCUUUAUCCCCAACAAGAAGAAAGGCAGCGUGGAAGGCAGCAACGACAAUGCAUCUGAGGCGGGCGACUCCAGACCUGAAGGCGUGGACGCCCAAUUAUUCUCGCAACCCAUAGACAACAUCGAAUUCAGCCCCAAGCACCCACAACCUCCAGCAUAUAUCAAAGUCAGGUCACGCUUCAAGAAGGAAAAGGAGUUUGAUCGCGUUUUCCUAGCGCAAGAACUGCGAAGACCUACUUCUAGCGGCGGCAAGAGGGCUUCCAGUGGUUCACUUCCGCAAGCCAAAGCCAAUGCUCCUUCUGACAAACUCUCUAUCUGGGCCAUGGAGUUCAGUCAGGAUGGGAAGUACCUCGCAGCCGGCGGGGGUGAUAAGGUCGUACGCGUUUGGGCUGUGUUGUCAAGUCCAGAAGACAGGAGAACUCAUGAAAUGGAGGAAGAGGCAGCCAAUGGUCAUGCGCAGGAGGGCGCACAUCACCUGAAUGCACCAGUGUUUCGAACUAAGCCGGUCCGGGAGUACGAGGAGCACACGUCAGCUAUCUUAGAUCUGAGCUGGAGUAAAAACAACUUUUUGCUCUCUUCCUCGAUGGAUAAAACGAUAAGACUAUGGCACGUCAGCCGAGCCGAAUGCCUGUGCACGUUCAAACACAGCGACUUCGUACCAUCUAUCCGAUUUCAUCCCCGUGACGAUCGCUUCUUCCUGGCCGGAUCUCUAGACUCGAAGCUGCGACUGUGGAGUAUUCCGGAUAAAGGUGUAGCGUUCUGGACUCAACUGCCAGACAUGAUCACCGCCGUAGCUUUCACCCCAGAUGGCAAGACCGCGAUAGCUGGCACUCUGAACGGACUGUGCCACUUCUACGAAACCGAGGGCCUCAAAUACCAGACGCAAAUCCACGUCCGGUCAGCUCAUGGAAAGAAUGCUAAAGGCAGUAAGAUCACAGGCAUCCAAGCUGUCAAUUUCCCACCAGACAACCACGGAGGGGAGACCAAGCUGCUAAUCUCGAGCAAUGACUCCCGCGUUCGUCGAUACAAUUUCCGCGACAAAAGCCUGGAAGUCAAAUACAAGGGACAUGAGGACGACCAUACUCAGAUCAGAGCCUCGUUCAGCGAUGAUGCGCGCUACGUUAUCUGCGGAAGUGAGGACCGUAGAGUCUAUAUAUGGUCCAACGGCCCAGUCGAAGGAGAAAACAGGAACCAACGUCCAGUAGAGGUGUUCGGAGCUCACGCAUCGAUGACGACGGUCGCGGUUCUGGCGCCGACGAAAACACGUCAGCUCUUAAGUAGCUCCGAGGAUCCGCUAUAUGACCUGUGCAACCCCCCUCCUGUAACACUGAUAAGCCGAACUGAGUCGUUCCGUUCGUCCAAGGCGGCCACAGAGACCGGCAGUAUACAAGCUACGCCAACUCCUGCGGAGACCACUUUCAAGAGAGCGGAAGAGUCACCAGCCUAUCUUGCUCGAUCAGCCCACCCUGACGGUCAAAUCAUCGUGACAGCGGACUCUAGCGGCUGCGUCAAGGUGUUCCGACAGGAUUGUGCUUGGAAGAAACGGCGUAAUGAAAGCUGGGACGCAUCGUCCGUCUUUUCAAAGAGGAUGGCUUCAGGAAUGGUUGGCCGCACCACCUCAACCACCACUCGUGGUAGCGACCGUUCUCGCAGUAACAGCAUCACCACUCAGCCACCUGGUGACCGCAUCCUUUCUUGGCGACAAGGCAUCGCUAGCACUACCAGCCUUGACAAUGGUUCACUCCAAAACAAUACCAGAGGCAACCGCAGCAUCUCGCCAAGGAAGUCCGCUGGCCAGCUUUCAAGAGGAUCCUCCUUUGGCCUGCGCUACGACUCCUCGCCAGCGCUAGCUUCUCCUUCAACCACGGAUGGUCCUCAGCUCCACACCGGUGCAUCAUCGCCGCCGAAGAGCCGGAAGAAGAGCUCGUUGAGUCAACAGACGUCCGCAGCUGCAUCACCCACGAAAGAGGAACCUCCAGCAAUGCCGUCCUCGCAGGACAACCCGCUGUGGGCCGUUGGCGGCCAAUCGAACAUGUUCUGGAACCAGAACGCGUGGAAAGAGAUGUUCAGCGGCAAGAAAUCGCAACUGGAACUGCCGCCUGCGAUGAGCAAGAAGGCUAGCUAUGUCAGUACGUUGAGCGAUGAGGAUAGCGAGCUGAGCGACAACAAGGAAGGGGCGGUCGGCGAAGCAGAUCAAGAGGUAAAGUGUAGGAAGUGUGCUGGGACGACCUUCAAGGCGAAGGUCCUGAAGGGAGACGGGCAUGCGCUCGUUUGCAGGAGUUGUGGGACUGCGGCAUAG